AAUGAAAGAAAAACAAAAACCUCGCACAAGACAUAUUUCUUGAAGGAGUGCAUAACAGAAUUGCUGCUUCAAUUCGCUUUUUGUUAAAUGUAUGGUUACUGAAUACUUAAUAAAAGUUUAUUUGACAAAACUCAGUUAUGCCGGUUUUAUGCACAGCUGAUUGUGGUAGAAAUGCGUUUUUAAAGCGCCCAAAAACCGGAGACACGUUGUGCAAAGAAUGUUUUUUCCUGGCAUUCGAGAUGGAAAUUCACAACACAAUUGAGCAAGAGCAGUUAUUCCAUCAUGGUGACUUGGUUGCUAUUGCUGCGAGUGGUGGUAAAGAUAGUACAGUUUUGGCACAUGUGCUAAAGGUAUUGAACGAAAGGUAUAGGUACGGUUUGCGUCUGGUACUGCUAUCAAUAGAUGAAGGCAUUACCGGAUACCGAGACGACAGUCUUGAAACUGUGAAAAAGAACAGUGAAGAUUAUGAUAUGCAACUAAAAAUACUGUCGUACGAAGAACUGUAUGGAUGGACAAUGGAUAAAAUUGUAGCCGAGAUUGGACGUUCUAACAACUGCACAUUUUGUGGAGUUUUUCGCCGACAAGCUUUGGAUAGAGGAGCACGACUUAUGGCUGUCGAUUGCGUAGCUACGGGCCAUAACGCGGAUGAUAUUGCUGAAACCGUUAUAAUGAACAUACUGCGGGGAGAUGUUGCAAGAUUGCGUAGAUGUUGUGAUAUCAAAACUGGUGGGCAUGAUUCCGACUCAAUUCCGCGCGUCAAGCCGUUGAAAUAUGCGUACGAGAAGGAAAUUGUUAUGUAUGCACAUUUUAAGAAAUUAGUUUAUUUUUCCACUGAAUGUGUAUUUGCACCAAAUGCGUACCGAGGACAUGCCAGAGCAUUUUUGAAGGAUUUAGAGAAAGUACGCCCUUUAGCCAUAAUGGACAUUAUUCAUUCAGGUGAGCAGUUGUUAUUCAAAGAUACCGUGAAAAAACCAGCUAGAGGUGUAUGUAAUAGAUGUGGAUUUGUAUCCUCCCAGCAACCCUGCAAAGCAUGUACACUUUUAGAAGGGUUAAACCGUGGAUUGCCCAAGCUAGGGAUAGGCAAAAAAUCUAGAGGUGAUAAGAUGAUUAAAGCUCAAAACAUGAACAGACAUAAUGCGACUAGCAUCGAUAAUGAUUUCUAGCAAAUAUAUUGAUUAACGACAAAUUAUUAUGUAAAGUAUAUCACAUGCCUUUUUGAAAUGAUUGCUGUGAGGGUGUAAAAGAUGUUCUGUUGCUCGCGGAACCGUUCGCCCUUGCUGUGUUACAACAGGGCCAAGACACAGUGGGCCGUUCUUUCCCUAGUGACUCGUGGCAUGCAAAUGAGUGAAACCGCAAAACAAAACGGAAAGAGGGAGUGAAAACAGAACAUUAAUAGUUCCAGUCGAAAAAUUGAAAGCAAGUCAGAAGGCUCUACAGCUACUGCCAACAUCUCAUGUUGCUAUAAGUCCGCUGAAUAUAACUCGGUCGCAGCGUGUCAUAUGAAUCAAUUUCAAACAAUACCAUUAAAAUGGUGAACAACUGUCAAAUUAAAAAUAAGGAACUUUUGCUCAACAGUAUGAUUUUAAAUCCAAAAGCUGAACCAAAGAUGUAAAGCCCAGACUGUGUCACUUGAACUGUAAAAUAUGUA